AUGGUAAACUGUUUACAGCUAUGGUUGACCUCAGUUGGUAUCAAAUUGUUAGUGAUAUCUGUGAUAAUAAAUGUCAUAUUAAGAGAUGCAAAUGCCUUCUUCAUGACGGGACUUAUGUUUAGGCGACGAAUACGACGACCCGCUCAGACUGUGAUUAUCGUUAGAAACGGUGGUAAUGGUAAUGGUAUACUCAACUACCCGUCCGGCUAUAAGGAAAUGAUAUUAUCUAUCGGAGCAUUUUGUGUUAAGGACCAUAAGUGUGUGUCGACCGACACACAGAACGCACUCUACGCGUGCCUUAAGGACAGCAACAAUAGUACCGCCGCUUAUGUCGAAAAGUUCCAGAAGUGUACCACUGGUAGGACCGAGGGUUGCGAUAAGGCAGCCAUGAGUGGACUUCAACAGUGCGCCGCAAAAAUGGCCACAAACGGUAAUCCGCCGAAAAUACCGAAACCAAACAGUGAGUGUAUGCGGGAGUCGUUGACAAUCAAGAACUUGGAGUGUCUCAGACAGAAGUAUCCAUCUUUUGAUAAGUUGUUUCCACUCGACGCCAAACCUCAGGGAGGAGGAGGAGGUGGAGGCGGAGCCAACAAAUCGCCCAAAGCUAACAAACCUGUCGCUAAAAAUAAGCAAAAUAACAGAAAAAUAUCUAUUAAAACGUAA